AAUUGUCAUGUGUUAUACAGAAUUUAACACUUAUAGUAAAAAUGGAGAAUUGGCAAAUUACAUCGGUAUUAUUGUUAAUAUCAUGUUUGAUUUUUAACAAAGCAAUUCAAUAUAAAAAUUCAAAUGACAAACAAAAAUGGCAAUUAAAAAAAGACACGACAAUAAUAGCUGCAGAAAACGGAAAUUUGGAAUUAUUAAAAUAUGCAUUUCAAAAUGGAUGUAAAUGGGAUGAAAGAACAACAGAAGCUGCUGCAAAUAAUGGCCAUUUAGAAUGUUUAAAAUAUGCUUAUGAAAAUGGUUGUAAAUGGAAUCAAUUCAAUAUUGCAACAAGUGCGAUUAGAAAGGGUAAUCUAAGAAUAUUAAAAUAUAUUCACAAAAAUGGAUACGAUUUCAAUCAAUUCAUAACUAACGUUGCUGCUGGUGGUAAUCUAGAAAUAUUAAAAUAUGUCCUUAAACAUGGAUGUCCUUGCAAUAAAAUUACAACUUAUACAGCUGUUUUUAAUAGAAAUCUGGAAAAUUUAAAAUAUUUACAUGAAAAAGGAUGCCCAUGGGAUGAUAGAAUUACUUAUGAAGCCGCCAUUCAAGGUAACAUAAAUAUUUUAAAAUAUGCACAUGAAAAUAGAUGUCCUUGGAAUGAAAGCACAACAGCAGCCGCAGCUUCUAAUGGCAAUUUAGAAUGUUUAAAAUAUGCAAUUGAAAAUGGUUGUCAAUGCCAUAAACAUACAAGUACUGAGGCAGCCAUUAGAGGUGAUUUAAAAAUAUUAAAAUAUGCAUAUGAAAAUAAAUGUCCUUGGGAUGAAAGCACAACAGAAGCUGCUGCUUUAAGCGGUAAUAUAGAAUGUUUAAAAUAUGCUUAUGAAAAUGGGUGUAAAUGGGAUGAACGUACAACUAUUAGUGCUGCCAGAAGAAGUGAUUUAAAAAUGUUAAAAUAUAUCCAUGAAAAUGAAUGUCCGUGGGGUGAAAGCACAACAGAAGCUGCUGCUUGUAGCGGUAAUUUAGAAUGUUUAAAAUAUGCUAUUGAAAAUGGCUGUAAAUGGAAUGAACGUACAACUACUGGAGCAGCCAUGCAAGGUGAUUUAAAAAUAUUAAAAUAUGCACAUGAAAACGAAUGUCCUUGGGAUGAAAGCACAACAGAAGCAGCUGCUUUUAGCGGUAAUCUAGAAUGCUUAAAAUAUGCAAUUGAAAAUGGAUGUAAAUGGGAUGAACGUACACCUACUGGUGCAGCCAUGCAAGGUGAUUUAAAAAUAUUAAAAUAUGCACAUGAAAAUGGAUGUCCUUGGGAUGAAAGCACAACCAUAGCAUCAGCUUUAUAUGGUAAUUUAGAAUGUUUAAAAUAUGCUUAUGAAAAUGGUUGUAAAUGGGAUGAACGUACAACUAUUAGUGCUGCCAGAAGAAGUGAUUUAAAAAUCGGUAAUUUAGAAUGUUUAAAAUAUGCUUAUGAAAAUGGUUGUAAAUGGUACGAAGGCACAACUCGAACUGCUGCAGCAUGUGGCUAUUUGGACUUUUUGAAAUAUGCUCAUGAAAAGGAAUGUAAUUUUGACAAAGACACUAUAGCUGCAGCAGCUUUGCAUGGUAAUUUAGAUUGCCUAAUAUAUGCCCGUAAACAUGGAUGUAAUUGGGUUGAAGGUACAAUGAGAGGGGCUGCAGCAAAUGGACAUUUAAACUGCUUAAAAUAUGCUCGUGAAAAUGGGUGUUUGUGGGACGAAGGCACAACAAGGGAAGCAGCUGCGAAUAAUUAUAUUAACUGUUUGAUAUUUGCACAUAAUAAUGGGUGCAAAUGGGAUGUAGGAACUAUGAGUGGAGCUGCUGCAAAUGGCAAUUUAGACUGCCUAAAAUAUGUUCAUGAAAAUGAUUGUGAGUGGGACGAAGGUACAACAAGAUUUGCUGCUGCAAAUGGUCAAAUUGGUUGCUUAAAAUAUGCUUAUGAAAAUAAUUGUUCAUGGAGUAGCGGUACCAUUUCUGAAGCUACUCGAAUGGGAUAUACUGAUAUAAUUAACUAUGCUACUAAAAAUGGCUGUCCUGAUUAA